AUCAAUUUGUUUAAUAAUUUUUUAACACUUUAUUUUUUGAAACAUUUUCAACACCUUUUCAUUUUAUUUUUUCUAGUUUCUUUAACAUCCAAUUUUAAAAUUUCAUCGUGUCUAAUGAAUGAGUAGGAAUGACGACAGUUUUCUUUGGAAUGGAAGGGGAAUAAAACUACGUAGUAGAAAUUUUCAUUGUCUUGGUCUUCAAUUUUUCUCGAACAUAGUAGGAGUGGGAGAGAUCGAAGAGGGCCCAAGCAAGAGAUGCCAAUAUCGCGACCUGAAUCAUCGGACUCUCGAGUCAUAGCCCACGUCGAUUUGGAUUGCUUUUAUGUUCAAGUGGAGCAACGUAAACAACCCAGUCUAAGAGGUCAACCAACAGCAGUGGUGCAAUACAACCCGUGGAAAGGUGGUGGCCUGAUAGCAGUCAGUUACGAAGCCCGUAAGUUUGGUGUUAAGCGUUCAAUGCGAGGGGAUGAGGCCAAACAAGUCUGUCCCGAAAUUCAGCUUGUUCAAGUCCCAGUUGCUCGUGGUAAAGCAGACCUGAGUGCAUACCGAAGUGCAGGCUCAGAGGUGGUAUCCAUUCUUGCAAGGAAAGGUAUUUGUGAACGGGCUUCAAUUGAUGAAGUCUAUCUGGAUCUCACUGAAGCUGCAGGAAAAAUGUUGAAAGAGACUCCCACUGAGAACUUUGUUACAAUCAGUGAAGAAGCAGCUAAAUCGCAUGUUUUAGGGGUUGAUAAGGAUGAAAAUGAGAGCGUUUUGAAGUGGAUGUGUAGAAAUGAUGCCCAUUACCGUGAUAAGUUAUUGGCCUGUGGGGCUUUAAUUGUUGCCGAGCUUAGGUUGCAAGUACUAAAAGAGACUGAAUUUACAUGUUCUGCAGGGAUUGCUCAUAAUAAGAUGUUGGCCAAACUGGCUAGUGGGAUGAACAAGCCUGCACAACAAACUAUAGUUCCCUCAUCGUAUGUCAUGAAAUUACUUGAACCAUUGCCCAUACAGAAAAUGAAACAACUUGGUGGAAAGCUUGGGACUUCAUUGCAGACAGACCUGGGGAUGAAUACCGUUGGGGAUCUGUUGCUAUUCUCAAAAGAGAAGUUACAGGAGCACUUUGGCACAAAUACUGGUACCUGGUUAUGGAAUACUGCAAGAGGGAUUAAUACAGAAGAGGUUCAGGAUCGACUUCUCCCCAAAAGUCAUGGCUCUGGAAAGACAUUUCCUGGACUUCGAGCUCUUAAAUCAACUGCUUCUGUAAAAUCAACACGUGCCUUAUUGAAAACUUGUCUUUUGUUUCCCUCAUGUUUGUUACUUCCUCCGUCCAAAAAUUAUCUUCCCGUUGCGCGUUAUGUUGUUUGACUGAAAUGAUUUUCAAAUUAUUUUAAAUGAAAAAUGGUGUGGAAUUAAAAAACAAGAACUACAUCAAAAGAUCUACAAAACUAGAGGUGACAUGACUAUAUUUAAAAACUACAUCAAAAGAGCUACAAAACUAUAUGUGACAUGACUAUAUUAUUUUAUCAAAUGGGCAACGAAAAUAGGCCAUGAUAAAGUUUGACCCUAUGAAUAGUGAACGGGAAGAAAAUGUUUGGACAGAGGGAGUAUUUAUAUCUUGUAGUCCUCAACCAACAUUGAAGGAUAUUUUUGUUUGGAAUGUUUUAUUUAUGACCAUAGCAUAAAAGUUUUUUCACAAUUCACCAAUGUUGCUUGUUUUGUUUCCCAAGUGUAAUUAAAAUUCGGCUUGACCAUUGAAUUUUAUGUUUGGAUUCAUGGAAAAAUAUGUAUUUGUUUUAUAGUAGAUUAGUAGUUUCAAUUUAAAGCAUCAAUACCCAGACAAAUAUAGCAAAUCAAUCAAG